AUGGGAAAAAGGACCAGUUGUGCCAAAGUUGAUGUGAAGAAAGCAUUGUCAUCGCCUCGGCCCUCAAGCCUAACUGCAAGAAAGAACCAGAACCUAAAAGUGGUGCGUCCACAGAAGAAUCAGAACAAUGUUGAAAAGGCUGAAACUGAGCAACCUCUUGAUGAACAUGAUGUACGCAAUAACGACGCACUUGAAGAGAAAACCUUGUAUUCAUCAACUCUCCCAAUGUCUCCACCUUUAUCAUCACAUGUAGGAGGAGAUGAAAAUGAGUAUACAGACGAUAGCUCCAACUCUGAAUAUUAUGAAGAUGAUGAGAAUGCUGAAGAUGAAACUGUAAAUGUGGAAGAAGUGGAAAUUUUGGAGGGAGAAAAUGGAGGAAGGCCCAGAAAUUCUAGGACGGAAUUCUCCGAUGAAAAGGAUUGCCGGCCUGUGAAACUAUCUUUUAGGAGAGGGAAGGGCGAGCGGAGAACCUUUAAGACGAGAGAACUUGAUGGUUCAGUCGAUGAAAACCAACCUGGUGGGGAAAAAGUUGUUUUGAGACACCAAGAUUUGCAGCAGGGGAAGAAAGACGAAAAGGGUUUGUUUAACACCGCCAUCGAGGAAACUGCUAGUAAACUGGUUGAAACCAGAAAAAGUAAGGUUAAGGCCUUGGUUGGUGCGUUUGAAACUUUCAUCUCCCUCCAAGACGCCAAACCUUUGGCAAACACUUGA